AUAAUAAUGGAGGCGGGGCACCACGGCGGUGACCCCUCGCCGGCGCCGGCGGCCACGACGAACCCCUCCUUCUCCGUGCUCUGCUUGAGGGUAUAGCUGGUCGUUUUGUAUGGAGGACGACGAGGAGGAGGAGGAGGCGGUGGUGGUGGUGGCGGCGGCGUGCGAGUGCUGUGGCUUCACGCAGGAGUGCACGGCGCCGUACAUGGCCGGGGUGCGGGCGCGGUACGGCGGGAGGUGGAUCUGCGGCCUGUGCAGGGACGCCGUCGGCGAGGAGCUGGGCCGCGCCGACCCGCCCAUCACCCCCGGGGAGGCGCUCGACCGCCACGCGGCCGUCUGCGGCGCGCGCCGCGCCUCCGCGCCGCCGUCGCCCGAGGAGAACGCCGGGGACCUCAUCGCCGCCGUGCGCGUGCUGCUCCUGCGGCGCCUCGGCUCGCUGUCCUCCUCGCCGCCGCCGCCCGGGAGGAGGGUCCGGUCCACGCCGAGCAGCCCCAGGCGUGGCGGCGCAGCCGACGUGCCCGACGCCGUCGCCGUCGCGGCCACCGCCGGCGUCACGCUGGCGCGCACGGGGAGCUGCUUCGCUGCUCUCCUGGAGUGAGCUUGCUUCGCCGGCGGCCGGCGGCCGGCGGAAUUGCAGCGGAGCUCUGUGCUUGGAUGUACUGUAGUUUCCUUUCAUAAAAAAGCUACCAUAAUAAAAUAUGUGUACAGAGAGAGAAUCUAGAAAUGAAAACAAUUCAGUAGGCAUGGACUAUGCAGGCUCCCACCUGAGAAGCCCUAAACAAGCCAUUUGCAAUAAGAAUACACACCCCACAGUGCAAAUGCUCUAGGUGCCCCAUAAAACUUUUUUUUAAU